AUGGUCGGUGUUGUCAAUUCAGCACCAGAAGCGUUCAACGCACCUAGGAGGCUUCUUGUGACCCAAGUCGAUACCAUCGCAAAGCAUUCCCCAAAUAGACGGUUUGGCCUAAUCCCAAAUGGCACCGAAGUCGACCAGGGCUUCCGGGAAGUGACUUUCCGGGAUCUUUCCCAGGCAGUCAAUGCCAUGUCCUGGUGGAUCGAUGACACUCUGGGCAAGCCGCAACCGGGAGAAAAGAUCGCGUAUCUGGGGAAUAACGAUGUGCGCUAUAUCAUCUUUAUGCUUGCGUGUCAUAAGACAGGGUAUACGAUCUUUCUACCCUCCACUCGGCUGUCGGAUGAGGCAUAUAACCAUGUUCUCAAGGACACCAAGUCUACGCACCUACUUUUCAGCCGGGAGAAGUCUCCGAUUGCGUCCAGAUUGAGAGCAUUGGACUGGAAGAUGCAAUUCCAAGAGGUGCCAUCUGUGGCGGACAUUCUCAGCGAUAGAAGUGGCACGAGUCACUUUGAGUUCUCCAAGACCUAUGAUGAGGUGGUGGACCAGAUUGCUUUUAUCAUCCAUAGUUCUGGAACAACCGGUAUGCCUAAGCCUGUGCCUCUCACCCAUGGCUUCCUGGGUACGAUUGACUUUGCCGCACUGAUUCCUAUGCCCCCGGGGCGGUCUUCCGCUUUCUUCAAUGACCUGGCCUCCGAUGAUACCAAGCACAAUGACCUUGUUCUUUCGUCCACGCCGUAUUUCCACUUGAUGGGGUUGACCUCGUUCUUUGAAUCCAUCUUUCACAACAUCCCCUUCGUUGCUAGCCCUGAGAGGCUACUUUCCGUGGGGUUUUUGAUCGACCUAAUUCGCCACACGAAGCCGACAGUUACGAUCCUUCCACCUUCAAUUCUUGAAGACAUGAGUUAUUCUGACGAGGCUCUCAGGUGCCUCAGCACCCUGAAGUUUGUAUGCUAUGGUGGGGCUCCUCUUGCGCCCGAAGUGGGCGAGAAGCUGGCUCGAUACACCCAAUUGCGAUCGGCCAUUGGAUCCAGCGAGAUGGGCAUCAUCUGCUCCAUGGUCCCCGAAGGAGAGAGCACCUGGGGGUAUUUUGAGUGGAAUCCCUUCUAUCAGGUUGAUAUGCAAUUGAUCGGGGACGGGCUAUACGAGCUGGUCAUACCACGGGUGGAGCAUUCUCUCGUCAUGCAUGGAAUCUUUCACACAUUCUCCGAUCUGAAAGAGUAUCGAUCCAAAGAUCUGUACACCCGGCAUCCGAUCAACCCCAAGCUCUGGAAGUAUCAUGGACGCUUUGACGAUGUGAUUGUGCUCAGCAACGGAGAGAAGCUCAACCCGAUCUCGUUGGAGAAGAUUAUAGAGGGCCAUCCUUCUGUGCAUCGGGCUUUGCUUGUCGGUCAACGCAGAUUUCAGACAUGCUUGCUGAUUGAGCCAGACUUCGAUAAGGUUGCCACUCCUGUCGAUGAGAAGGCGUUCAUCAGCAUGAUUUGGCCAGUGGUACAGGCGGCCAACAAGACCGUUCCUGAUUACGGCCAGAUCGCGAAAACCAUGAUCCGCCUUUCAUCUCGCGAGAAACCUUUCAAGCUCACCGCGAAAGGUACUACACAACGACAUGCCGUGAACAAAGAUUAUGCUGAGGAAAUCGAGGAGAUUUAUUCGGCCCAGGAUAGGGAGCUGGCAAUGGAUUUGCCUUCAGCGAUUACGCCGGACACUGUCUGUGGGUAUCUACAGAACGUCAUCUGCAAGCUUGCUGGAAGGCAAAGCAUCAAUCCCAGUGACGACCUCUACAGUAGGGGCUUGGACUCACUCCAGGCCAUCCAGUUGAGCAAGAUCCUGAAGAAUUCGGUCUCCUCCUUCAAUCCGGAUUUGAGCACCGAGCAUCUCAAUGUUCAACAGAUUUAUGCGCACCCAACGGCAGAGGGCCUGACUAACCUGCUGUUGGAGAUUCUUGACAAACCAUCGAGUCCAGUCACUACUGUUUCUCGUUCUGAAAAGAUUGCGCAAUUGAUCUCCAAGUAUACGAAUGAUCUUCAUAUUUGCAAGUCUGAUGUCCUUCCCCAGCUACCCGCGCUAUUCACUGUGAUUCUCACUGGAUCCACCGGAUCGCUGGGCAGCUAUAUCCUUGACGACCUACUGCGCAACCCUCAGGUGGCCAAGGUUUACUGCUUCAACCGAAGCGAAGAUUCUCUGACGCGCCAGAGGGAAGGCUUCCAGGAAAAAGGACUACAGACUUCUCCUCUAGACAAUCCCAACAAGGUCGAGUUCCUGCAUGUCCGCUUCGGAGAACUCCACUUUGGCCUCUCCGACCGACAAUACAAGGAGCUCCUUGAUACGGUCGACGUGAUCAUCCAUAAUGCAUGGAAGGUCAACUUCAACCAUCCCGUGUCCUCCUUUGAGGACCCGCAUCUGAAAGGUGUCCGGGAGUUCGUGCGUUUCAGCCAGGAGAGCCGCUACCGGGCGCAUCUCGCUUUCGUCUCCUCAGUCAGCACGAUCGGGGCCUGGAAGCCCAGCGAUGGGGUCCCAGCCGUCCCCGAAGUUCCGAUGGAAACGGCGGACGCCACACUGGAGCAGGGAUAUGGAGAGUCCAAGUACAUCGGGGAGAGCAUCUGCGUGGAGGCGUCAAAAAAGGCCGGCGUGCCGACUAGUAUCCUGCGCGUGGGACAGAUCGCUGGCCCGGAUACUCGACUGGGCGUGUGGAAUCCGCACGAGUGGCUCCCCUCCUUGAUCAAGACAUCCAAGGCGGCGGGCAAAGUGCCGUCUGAUCUCGGGGGGUACCCCAUCGACUGGGUGGCAGUGGAUACUCUUGCGAAAAUCGUGAACGAACUCGUCCUCGGCCGCCGUGCCUCGCUCGCGGAGACCCGCAACGCGGUCUUCCACCUGGUCAACCCAUCCCGGACCACCUGGGCUUCGCUCGUCCCCGCGAUCCAAGAACGAUACCCUGUCCAGCCCGUGCCCCUCGUCGACUGGGUCGCCGACCUGGAGACCAUCCAGGAUCCCUCCGAUCGCGACGUGCAAGAAAAACCCGCGCUGAAGCUCCUGGCCUUUUUCCACGGUCUGGCGGACAAUGCGGAUGUCUUGUCUGCGGACAUCAGCGUCGAACGGACUAAGAAGGGGAGUGAAACGAUGGCAUCUCUGGGCCCGGUGUCACCGGCGCAGAUGGCCAAUUGGCUGAAUCAGUGGAGCUUUUAG